AAGAACAAAAUAGUCAUACUUUCCUUGCUUUACGUAUUUUGUUUAUUUUUCGUGUUUUGGAUGAAUAAUUGUUAAAAACUUAGACACAUUUUUGCCGACCUGGGACUGGCGCUACUUGACCCACAGCAGAAGAAAGGAAGACAGAAGCUCCUCUGGUUCAGGAGACACCACAACUAAUCCGCUGCUGUGAUUCCAAUUGUUCCUUCCUUCUAAUUUUUUUUUUUUUUUAGUUUUUUGACGUUUGAACGCCUCAUUUUAACUUUUUGAUGAAAUGUGUUGCUUUUACCUUUAAACACAGUCUUUUUUUAACAAGGAAAAAAAAAACUAUCUUUUUGAAGGAAAGCCUUUUUAGUCACUGGAAGUCCCAUCUGUCAUCAUAGCCCGCAAAGUGGAAGACCGAAGCGGGUGUUGUUUUUAAGAUCCUCUGGUUGCUUGAAGGGCCCUGGAGCCCCCUCUCUGCACCGAUGGAGAUUCAUUGUAAGCACGACCCGUUCGCGGCGAUGCACAGACAUGGCGGCGUGAACCAACUCGGAGGCGUGUUUGUAAACGGCAGACCUCUUCCAGACGUGGUCCGACAGCGAAUAGUGGAGCUCGCCCAUCAAGGGGUUCGACCCUGCGACAUCUCGAGGCAGCUACGGGUCAGCCAUGGAUGCGUCAGCAAGAUACUGGGCAGGUACUAUGAAACGGGCAGCAUCCGCCCUGGGGUAAUCGGGGGAUCCAAACCAAAGGUUGCUACACCCAAAGUGGUCGACAAGAUUGCCGAUUACAAACGCCAAAAUCCCACCAUGUUUGCCUGGGAGAUCCGGGACAGGCUCCUGGCCGAGAGAGUUUGCGACAACGACAGCGUUCCCAGCGUCAGCUCCAUCAACAGGAUCAUACGGACUAAGGUUCAGCAGCAGCCGGGUCAAGCGGGCUCGGUGUCGGCUCACAGCUUAGCGACGUCUGUAGCUGCCACGCAGGUUUCAGCGGUCACCAGCGACUCUGCUGGCUCGUCAUACUCAAUCAGUGGCAUCCUGGGAAUCAGCUCUGCUGCUGAUGUGGGCAAGAGGAAGAGGGAUGAAGUUUUACAGGAGUCACCGCUGGCUAACGGGCAUGGCCACAGUGGGCGGGACUUCCUCAGGAAGCAGAUGAGAGGGGAGCUGUUCUCGCCGCAGCAGAUUGAGGUAUUGGACCGCCUCUUUGACAGACAGCCAUCUUGUCCAAUCCAAACCACCACUGAGCUCUAUGUGAGCCCUGACUCUGGCAAGACAUCGGACUACUCGGCCAUGGCCUCUCUAGCAGGCGGACUGGACGAGAUGAAGAACAGUUUGGCCAAUCCAGGCACAGGGACGGAGUUAGGAUCCAAUGUGUCUGGCCCACAAUCCUACCCGCUAGUUCCAGGUCGAGACCUGGCCAGCACAACUCUGCCAGGCUACCCUCCUCAUGUGCCCCCAACUGGACAGGGCAGCUACUCCACUCCCUCGCUCACUGGCAUGGUACCGGGAGGAGAUUUUUCUGGAAGUCCGUAUUCCCACCCACAGUAUUCCACGUACAAUGAAUCAUGGAGAUUUCCAAACCCUAGUCUAUUAGUGUUUCAGCAGGAUUAUGGGUCUCUCCUGGGGACGGAGAUCGGAUGCUCGUCCAGCCUCUUCACCAGUCAGGCAGGACAAAUGCAAGGAUCACCGUAUUAUUACAGUGCAACGUCAAGGGGAGCAGGCCCUGCUGCCACUGCAACAGCCUCUGCCUACGAUCGCCACUGACCCCUCCAGAAAGAAGAGAAGGAUGGAGAGCAGGAAGACCAGGGAGGAAAUAAAUGGAUAGCACCAGCACCGUUCAGUAAAAACCUGCCUGUACGAGCAAGGACUGAGGCAAGAAGGAGUUUUUCAGAUCUUUUGACAUCAGUGAUGUUUGCUUUUCAUUUGAUUCCAAACCAACAAACAUUUGUUUUGGCUUCAAAACAAUACUGCCUGGUUGUACAUUACUGUACAAAUACAGAAAACAUUUUAUUAAAAGUACCAUUACAAAUUUGGACCCUCCUACAUUAUGUUCAGACUUUUUUAUUUCCAUUCAUGAAACCCAAGAAGUCAAGCUAGUUGUUUUGUUUAGAGACUGCUAUAUAUUUGAACAAAUCAGAGCAAAUCCCUUCUUAGACAGUACUUUUUAUGACUUGACAUCAAUCAAUUUUCUAUGCCAUGCUGCAGUGGAGUGAAGACAAUCCAAUCCUCAUAAAUCUGAAAGACCAAAAUCCUCCAUGAAUUUAUUCUACUUUGUUUUCUGUGGCUUCAACACAACUAAUCUAGAAACACAAUGUUGAACAAGUAACAACUUUUUAUGGCAGAAGUAUACCAUCCCUCUAUCUUUACUUUUUGUUACUUUGUUUGAGCCUUUUAUGCCAGCUGAGCACAAGGAAGAAAGUGUGUAGCAAUGGUAUUUAUACCCUUUUCUGUUACAACCACAAACCGUGAAGGAAAAGAAAAUGACACAUUCUUUUAACUGAAAACCCUCCUCAUAGCAUGAUGCUGCCACUAGUUUCCAGGAUGAUGUGCAGUGUUCCUCAUUUCAGCUGCAUACUACUUUGUGUUGGUAUAUCAAAUAACAAACAGAAAUUACAAUGAUAUUUGUGGUUAUAAUGUAAAGGAAAAAAAUCUGAGGGGCAUGAAUACUUUGCCCUGUAAAGUAUUCAGGAGGCUGGAGUUAGUUUCCCAAAGUGGCAUUUUUUAGCUUUCUGGUUGUAAGAUUCAAUAAAAACGUAUCAAAUGUGCAGCCUGAUUAGCUCAUCAUCACUUAUAAUCACUGUUUAAUGGUGGGGUUUGGCAAACAUCAGCACUAUUACCUAAUAAAACCUGCAUCCUCACAACAUGGUUAUAUUUAGAGAACGGGCUGACCGAUGCCAAAGAUGGCAACCACCACUCACUUGCUUGGAAAUUGUUUGACUGGUAAACCAGAAGCAUUUCUUAGCUUUCCCACAUCAUGUGCAAAAUAGCAUUUUCAUACACUGUACGUGCAGACAGGUUAGAAUCAAACUUGCUUGUGAAGGCACUGCAGAGAUCUUAACAGAUUUAAAACCUAAAGUUUUAAUAACACCUGACCUUUUUGUUUUCCUUACAUAAAUGGCAAUGUUUUAACCAGUUUUGAUCUGACCUAAAGAGAGAAUACUGAGAGAUAUUUUAGUUGCAAUAUUUCAGAUAACCAGGUGGAAAUCAAAUCAGUUUUAGAAGUUUCAGGUUGUCUCAAUUUAUCCAUGCCUUCAGAUCCAUGCUUGCAUUUAAGUGGCGCAAAUGACAUCAGACAACUAGAGUAUUUACCCUUUACAGAUGUCUUCUGCUUCUUUCUUUAUGAGUGACACAUUUAUUUAUUGAGAAGAAAGCCAUUAAAACCAGCUUCACAAUUUAAUUGUACCCCUGCUUAAUUUUACAUUUACUGUGAUUUAACAAAUUGUUUUUGGUUCAAUUUAAUCAGCCAAAUCUCUGGACCUGUAAAAUCAGGUAUUCUCCAAUCACAUCUCAAUGCAAAGCAAAACUAACAAAGAGACAAAGCUAUUGACCUAUCUGUCUGACCAGAGUCACAAAAUAAUUGUAUAAGUCUUUGGGACAGUUGACAAAUUCAGAAAACAUCCAACACUUGUGAACUUUUGCAGGAGUGGACAGCCUUCUAAAAUUAUUCACAAAUUCAUCCUUAUCCAUAAGGUCCCCCGAAAAAAACAGAACAACGUCUGCAGACCUGGCUUGCCUCAGUUAGAGUCAGUGGCGAAAUUGUAAUCAAAAAGAACCCAAAGGCCUGUAAGGCAUCUUAAUUUUUCCUGGGAAUUUAGGGAAACAUUUUCUGGACUAGUUUGAAGAAAAGUGGAAAGUGUGUCUGAGGAUUUCUGUGUCUGUAUUUAAAUCAGGAGAGAAAAUGUUUGAUGAUAUGAAACAUUAAAGUGUGACCAUAGCAGAAGCACAAGACAUCUGCAAAGUGGCAAAUACUUUCUCAUAGCACUAUACAUGCCUGUCAGUAAAGCACAACCUAAAAUCUGAGCCCUCCACUAUAUGAACUGUUCAAAUAAACCAAAAAUCUUUCCCACCUAUUGUUGUCACUGUACAUUAAGGUGCUAUCCUACCUCCCCAGCAAAGAUUUUGUAGUCCUGUUCAAGAGCUAUUUAUCAUGGAGGAGACACAGAGUAAUAUAUUCAGAGGUUUUCCUGCGCUGCACUCCUGGGUGAGAGUAAACGCUUGUGAUUUAUGAUAGUGUCAUGUGCUAGAAUAGUGAUAAUAUGAUGUGGAUGACGAUGCAGUUAAUAAUGAAAUCUGAAAAACCUUCAGUACAAUAAGAAGUCUUUGUUUAUAAAUGUGAUCAAAUUGAGAUUUUCCUGUUUAUAGUUUGUUGCCUGGUACCAAUGGACAGAGGCGUCUCCUGCAAAUGUUCAGAUCAAGAACCAGGAAUCAACCCUUGUUUUCUCGUUCUCUGGUUCUCCUGUGCUGUUGAUUACUUUUUUUAAAACUCCCCAAAGAUGGCUCCCCCUAGUGGAUUGGCUGACAAAAGCACAAAGAGACUCAAAUCACUGUUUUUAUCGAGUUCUUCUCCUCUUCUUUCUGACUGCUUGUGUUGUUUGAGAUACUGAAAGAAUUCCUAUAAAGCUUUGUUUUUAUGAAAAAUCUGUGAAAGGUUUCUCCUGUUCUUUCAAGUUGACUUUGGUUUAUUCCCUACAUCACUUCUGCGCUGCGACAAUUGCUUGACACCAGGGUUGAGGCCUUACCCAUCAUGUUUAGAAUAGGAUAGACUUGCCUUCUGGCAUUGAUCUGAAAUCAGUGUGUUGUUCUUCACACACAUCAGAGUGUGCGGGCAACGUCUUCCUUGUUCGCAAGAUUUAAAGAAAUCAGUGAAACAGAAAACAAUUUUAUUUAUUCCCGUUCAAAUUUCAGAGUACAAGUUUUAUUCAUGAAAACAGCAAACAGUUUAAAGCCACUCGCUGUGGAUUUAGCAGAUAUCUGCAAGUGUUUACAAAGUCUUUGGUUUCCUUUCUUUAUCAUGGUUGGCUCGCUAUUGUUCAUCAUUGCUGCUGUGCAGUUUUAGUAAACACCAAAUCUACAGUGGGGAACAAAACAGAGGUUUACAAACCUCUGCUAAGCAAGAUCAUUUUAAAACUUUACUCUUUGAUCUUUUUAUUUUAACUUGUAAUAGAUUUGAUCAUUUUACAUUUGUAAAAGUUCUGCAUCUACAUCGCUAAAGAAGAGUUGUGUGACAGCGGACCUGCUGGUCCUCAUCUCAGCUAUAGACUUUCCUUUUUUCUGUCUUUUUCUCUCAGUCCUUCUGAGGCAUUAUUGAACCUGAACCACACCAGCUGAAAACAAGGACAGUGCCUUUGGUUUUAUAUAUGUCGACAUCCCCCUUACUGAAUGUGAGACGCUAAAACUAAAAUUGGCCUCACUGUCUCUUAUGUCUAUUAAAAUACUCUGGACAUCUGCAUUUGUAAAUUCAAACAAACCUCUUAACAGUAACAUAAAGCUUCACCUUCCACACCUAAAACUGAUCUACCACAGUCUGAGUCAUAGAUGAGGGAAAUGAAUGUGUUUUCAAUCACAGACCUGCUAAACUUCAUUCUCUUUUAUCAGCUCUAUACAUGGCAGCAUAUUGCUCAGAAUAAUUAGACGAUAAAUUUGAUUUCUUAUUUAGUUGUCAGUAUUUUAACCGCUUCUGACUUAAAGUUUAGUUAAUGUUCCUUCCCCUGUUAUGAUAAAGUUGCCAAGAUGUGCACUUUUGUAAACACCAGGCAGCUCUCUUGAUGUAGACCUGAGAGCAGAUCAAUCGGUGAAUCGAUAGCUGUAUCAGCUGCACUCCACUUACUUUUAUACUAGAACAUUCAGAAGCUGUCAAUGUAGCCCAUAAAGAUAAUGUUAUCUCAUAUUAAAUGUCUUUAUUUUAUAUCUUAAUAGCUUAAAGAGAUAUUUUGGUCAGCCAAAAUCAGUAAUAGCAAAACUCUAAUUGGCGCAUCUCUAGUUAAUUUUAUUUGAAUGUCAAUGACUUUUGUUGGACUCCCGACAGAAAACACACAGGCCUGUAUGGAUGCUUCCAAAAGCCAAGUGAAGAUGAUUAACUAAGGUUUAACUUCAAAGUACUGUAGUAUGCUAGGUAGUUAAAAUGUUGAAGUGUAGCAAGUCAGCGUCAAAUCACUUUACAAAAAGUCUGUCAUCUUGAUGAAAACCAACAAUCAGAAACUAUGAAUAAGCCUUUAAUAUUCAACUCAGACUGUUUCAAAUGAAAUAUUUAUGUAUUGUAUGUAAAUUGAGGGCAGGUCACCCCAAAUACUGUAGAAUGCUGUUUUACAAGAGGAGAACAAAUACUAAUAUUGUGCAGAUUUGUACAUUGGCACAGGAACACAAUGUAAACUUAUCAAGAGUUAUAAUAUUUCUAUGAAUAUUUCCUUAUCGACAGAGCUUUUGGCCUGGAUCUGUGAUUGAAAUGUUCACAUUCAAGAAAUGCUGAAUAAAACAGUAAAAAGAGAUGCCACACAGGCAAACACACCCGCUUCCUUUCAGAUACAAAUCUAACCAACACAAAAGAUACAACCCAGCCAGCUAAUGAUCGAAAAUAUUUACAUUCACACGUUUAUGGGGCAGCAGCCUCAAACAGGCUAAACUUAGCGCCUGCUACCUUUUGCAGCUCAGAAUCAGCUGGCGAUGCAUUAACAGGAUUAUUUGUUAACUCUGCGUCUCAUAGAGAAACAGCCUCUCCUGCCACUGCUUUGACCCAACGGGUUCACAUGGGGAGAGAAAGGAUUGUCUCUGACCAGCAGUGGUUUCGAUUUGCAGCUGUGACAUUGACUGGGAGACUUGUCAUUGCGGGUGGUAGUGACUGUAGAAAGCGUGCUGGGCAGAGGCCACACACAUACAGACACACACCCACACACAUUCUUAUAGAAAUAUUAGUAUAGACGCGCUCUCUCCCUCCCUUUGUCCUCUGCAAAGUGGUGAUCGCCCCUCCUCUUGUUCCCCAGGGGAGCCCAAACCUGCUGUGCCAUCACAAGCUCGUCCCGUUUCUCCUCUCCCCCCCAAUUCCUCGGCCCUAAUCUCAUCAUAUCUCAUGCACUCAUCUUCCUCACUUCACUUCUCUGCUGUCCUCCUGUAGGACUGCCACACCACCAGGAUAAGGUAUAGCAGAACUGUGUGUUGAUUUCAAGCAUGUGACCUUUCUUGAAAAGUUCUCCUUGUUUCAUCAGACAGCUCUGUUAAAAA